UUUAAUAAAUCUGACAUGAUAUGACCGAUUGUGAGUAUAGUUCAUCACUCUCUCGUUUUCCCACGUCUUCACUUUUCGUUUACUCCAGAUUACUCCAAAGCUAUUAAUCAAGAUAUCAAGUAAAUAUCAGUUUCGUCAUCAGAUCUCGUGCAUGCGUUAUCACAUACGUGCGGGUUAUAAAUUACUCUCUCUCUCUGUCUCGCUCUUUCACCGUGGAAUUAUAACAUACAUAUGUCAGCAUAUUUGCAAGUCAGCAGUGCCAGAUUGCGUUUUGUUCCUCGCUUUUGCACCAGCUGAAACGGACCAGGGGUAACGGGCGCAAAGGAAGACGGGAAGAGCUCCGUACACUAUAUGUAUGUGCGUGUCGCACUAUCCGAUCGGGAUACUCGUAGAAAACUUGAUCGUUGAUCGUUUGCUGUCUCGAGACGAGACGACACGAGACGAGGGAAAAGCGAUGAAGAAUCUCCUCGCCACCGACAUCACAUUUAGUCAAAUGGAGAAUUUGGAUCGCUUCAUGUUCGGAUGGCUCGAUUACGCGCUCUUCAUUCUGCUGCUGCUCGUCAGCAUUCUCAUCGGCGUAUACUUUGGCUUCUUCAGCAAGCAAGACAGCACAACGGAGUAUUUCCUGGGCGGUAAACGGAUGGGAUGCUUUCCCGUCGCGAUGAGCAUCAUCGCUAGCCACAUCUCGGGUAUCAGCUUGUUGGGCAUUCCCACGGAGGUUUUUCAUUACGGCACCCAGUAUGCCGUGUGCGUGUUCACAUCGAUCUUUACUGCCCUGAUCACCUGUUACAUUUUCCUGCCGGUGUUCUACAAGUUGCAGCUAACCAGUACUUUUGAAUAUCUGGAGAUCCGAUUUACCAGACCGAUCAGAAUCCUCUCUUCGAUGCUAUUUACCAUCUCGCUCUUCAUGUACUUGCCUAUUGUUAUCUAUGUACCUGCCAUCGCUUUCGCGCAAGUUAGCAAUCUGAGCGUACACACGAUAACGCCGGUGCUCUGUAUCGUGUGCAUCAUUUAUACCAGCAUUGGCGGUCUAAAGGCAGUGGUAUGGUCGGACACAAUACAAUUUUCCGUAACCGUCGGUGGGCUCUUUGCGGUUCUUGUGCUGGGGAUACUUUCUGUUGGCAGCGUAGAGGAAGUGUGGAGGAUUUCCGGCGAAGGCGGUCAUCUCAUUUUCUUUGAUAUGAAUCCGAGUCCGUUCGCGAGGAACACUUUUUGGAGUAUGGCUAUAGGUAUGACGGUAAUAUGGCUCGCAAAUAUCGGCAUUCAUCCAGGUACGGUGCAGCGAUUUCUGUCAGUGCCUAGAGAAAUCGAUGCCAAACACGGCAUUGCGAUUACUGCGGUAGGACUGAUAAUUGUCAAACUGAUCUGCGUCUUUACCGGAUUAAUCAUGUUUGCCAAAUAUCAUGAUUGCGAUCCUUUCCUGACCAAGUCGAUAAGUCGCACCGACCAGACUCUACCAUACUACGUGAUGGACGUUGCUGGGCAUCUGCCAGGGCUUCCGGGAUUAUUCUUAGCGGGCCUAGUGAGUGCCGCGCUCGCGACUAUGAGCGCCAGCUUGAACACCGUGUCCGGUACCAUUUACGAGGAUUUUAUAAAGCGAUGGAUUCCGGAUAGCCCCAAAAAAGAAGCUAUGGCCGCCAACAUUAUGAAAGGCAUCGUCGUGAUAACCGGUGCAAUUUCAGUUGGUCUGGUGUUUCUAGUCGAGCGACUAGGAUCGGUCUUUCAAAUAGGUGUAAGUAUGCGUGGCGUGACCGAUGGACCCUCGCUGGGCCUGUUUGUGUUAGGAGUGCUAGUGCCCUGGGCGAACGCGAAAGGCGCGUUGUUCGGCGGUUGCGUUGGCCUGAUCAGCAUGCUUUGGCUAGUUGGAGGCGCUCAAUGGCACACCGUACAUAACAGAAUUAAAUACGAUUCCUUACCCACAUCGGUGGACGGUUGUCCAUACCCGUUGAAUCAGACUUCUUCGACCGCGACAACGCCUACUUGGACGGAUUCUGCCGAGGAACCUAUGAUACUCUUUCAAAUAUCCUUUAUGUACUAUAACUUGAUAGGAGCGGUAAUCGUUGUCGUCGUUGGCACUAUCGCGAGUUUCGUCUUCGGUGUGAAUCUCGAGGACGUAGAUCCCGAUCAUAUUACGCCAAUGAUGAAAAGGUUUCUUCCUUCUCGAAGAUAUACCGAAGUCUCGUUGAGAGAAGCACCGCUAUCACUCGACGUUGCGCCAGAGAAAACCAAAUGAUCGGAAUCGCGAUUCGUAAUUAUUUUAGUCAGUGAUAAGCGAGCUGAGUGUAGAUCAACCUGAGAAAUCUCUCGAUAAUCUUCAUUCUGGAAGAAUUUCCAUUAGCUGUGUCACCAAUGAUGUGUUUCCAAUUAAGUCAUCUGACGACCGCGCGGUUACGGCUCACGACAAGGGGGUGUCUUAUUGAUUAAUAGACGCAUGCGCCAACUAUCCUGCUGUCACCAUGCCACAAAAGUCGCGAUUGUUUCCGAUCUCUCAGUAUCAUUCCCGGCAUCUGUGACGAGACGUUGAUUAUAUUUGUCUCUCUAUAGAGUCUCUGGUCAGGAAACUGGAAACGGAGAUUGAGUGCUCUUCGUAUCGUUUCAACGGAACAAAUUGGUCAUGUAAAUUUUGCUCUACGAUGAGAAAGAAUAUAGAAAUUUAUCUUUAAUUUUAUCGCUAUUUUUAUAAUAGAUUUUUCAAUGUUGUUUCUCAAAAUUUUGACAAUCCAAGUCAACGAAUGAAAGCUGAUAUCGAAGAGCACGACAGAUGUUUUAACUCGCUACGCGAGUCAGCGCUUCAAAAUCAGCCCCGUGGACGUUGGAGGGAAAGUUACGUCCCUGAAGAUGUUGAUCGGGGUUGCUCGGGGAUGGCCGCGUGUCCUCGCAGAUAGGAUGGCCGCGCCUACACGUGGAGCGACUGGAGCGAGUGUUGUCGCGAAUACCGAGUGUCCUCGAUCCGACCUCGCAACGUUCAACAAGUUCAAGUACCGAUACACUUGCGGCGGCAUCCUCACAGUGAUUUCUCACGAUCGAUCAUGGCGAUUUUACAAGCGGAUGACAUUUCAUCAUGUAAUAUGAUCGUCAGUACCUUCGAAUGAUGGACCAUUAUAGAGAAGCGUUAACACACGAUCGACACGUCAAAGAUUGCUACGUGACAAACUGAGGGCUACAGAACAAGAAAUUUUCAUCGUGUAUAUCGGAGAUAUCAACGAAAAUCCAAAGCAAGAGAUUUAUAACAAACAGUAGGUCAGACGUUUCUACGGAUUCUAAUUAAUUAAUUAUAUCUUAAAUAAGGAGCUGUCACAAUUUAUUGUGAUUCCAGGGGAAUUGACUUUUAUUCUUUUUGCACAUCUUGACUCGAAUGCUUGCCACACUCAAAGCUGAAUAAUAUAAAAAAAUCACUGGAUCACUACGUGAUCACAAUUCACAGAGUUAAUUUCAAUCUUUCUAUAUGAUUGCGUCUUGCAUAAUUUCAUUGAUAUUCCAAGAUUCGCUCACAUUUAAUGAGCAUCAUGAUGCAAAUAUGAUACAAUAUUAUGGAUAAUUGUUCGCGGGAAAUCGAUGGAACACAAAAAUUUUGUCGCAGCUGUAUGCAUAGAUUUGACGUGAUGGAAGGAAAAUUUAACCAGAAAAGUUUUGAAAAAUUUCGGUUGUUUGAUCGGCCAGUCGUUUAUAGGCAGCAGCAAAACGGGUGGUAUGCCGAAACACAGCCGUGCGUACAACCGCGCCUCACCUUUAAUAAUAGAUAAAAACUGUAGGCAUUCGUGCCGGAAAAAGAAACCGAAAGCAUCCUCACAGAAAAAGAGAGUGCGUGCACGAGAGAGAGAGAAAGGGAGACGGAGAAAAAAUAACUUUCAGUUUGCCCGAUGCUAACGAAAAACGCACGUCAGUUAUCUGGCUGCAGUCAAUAUCAUUCGUAUCCGUAUCUCAGUUGAUUUGACCGAGUUUUGAUUAACGUGGAAGAUAUCGUCCAGCGGAUUUAUGGGAAAAAAAUAUAGAGAAACUGUCCAUCCAGUUUGUCCAAAAAUAUCGAAAUAAAUAUCUCUGCUAUCGGUAUUCUAUAUUAUCGAUAUUAUGAUAACGAGCUGAUUCAUCUCUCGUAAAAUGGAUAAUGACAAAUUACUGAACGGAAAUAUCUUAAAACAUCCAUGCGAGCUUCUAACAAUAACUUCCGUCAUCAAAUUAACUCACAGCUUUUCCUUUGUCUAAUUUGCACGUUACGCAAAGAGAAGAGUAUAAUAGCUAGUGAUCAAAUAAAAUAGUCAGGUCCAACGUUUUUGUCCUUUCUGUCACACAAGGGGGACCAUUUAUUAGAUCCCCUUUGAAUCUCUUCUCGAAACCAAAGACACCGGAUGGCGAUGCGAUGAGAGGGCGAGAAUAUUUAGAUAUUCUUCGUGUGUGGAAAUGACCUGGUUGCCAUCGAUGCAGAGAAGCUUACUGGGAUUAACGGUGCUGACGAUCGUCGGCCUGACGACUUUCCUGCUUAGCAGGAAGCUCGCGCUAGAGACGCGCAGGCGGGACAGCCUGCUCCUUGACAUGAUCGCUAACAUUAGCGGUCACAUGGAUCAACUUGACAGCGGCUUCGAUGACAUCGCCGCGCAAACGGGAAUUGCGCGGAAUCGCCUGCUACGGCUGGUCGCGCUCCAUCGGGAGAAUCUCUUGAUGUGUGCGAUACUCGGCGAGAAACAACGGAGACCAAAGCGAACGUCAAGCGGAAAACCAGCGGCAGCGAAAAGAAUUGGAAAACAACGGUUCAUCGUAUUGCACCAUCAUCGAUAACUCGUAAUAUUCGGACGUAAAAAGAUGCGGGAGGUCGAUUGAAUUAGAUUGAUGUGUACCACAUCAAAUUAUGAUAUGUUUAAUUGCGAUCUCUUAAUGAGAAAUUAUUUUUUUUAAACGUGAACAUUUCAAUUUUUUUAAAAAUACCAAGUAUUCGUCUAAACUAUACGCUACAAUUUCUUUUUCCAUUAAGUUGCUUGGCUCGGUUAAUUUAGUAUGUACAUUCAACUUAUAUAUAUAUAUAUAUAUAUAAUUGAUUGAUUAAUACAUCCAAUCGUACCCGCGAAGAAUAAGGAGGAAUUAAUUUUUCGUACGUAAUUGAUAAGACAAUCAUUUGUUGGCGAGCGAAUCGAAUUUACUGCGAAAAUGCACACCUAGCGUGGAACAUAUCUUAUUAUUAGAAAAUAAAGUCUAUUUUUAGUGAAUAACUAUACGACAAGUCGAUCAGCUUAAUAGACUUAUCAGUCGAUUAGUAAACCAGAUGUUCAAGAUCGGGGCCAAUUAACAAAUUCGCGAUCACACAGGGACGCGCUUACGCGAGACAUGCAGUGAUUUCAUUGCAGUUUCAGCUUCCGAAGCAAAUUUGAAAUAUAGAACAUGGCUGUGAUCGAGUAAUAUCAUCUAUCACGCAAACAAUAUUGUUACAAACGCGAUUACAAAAAAAUCGCGGAUGAACUUGUUAAACUUAAUUGAAUUGAAUUUAAGCGUUUAAUAUUACUUGUGUGUGAGUAUUUUCACUGUGUGUAGAACGUUAUCACACUUAUAUUAUUCUUACUGUUCGUCGGCUAUCGCCAAACGUUAUUUCAAAUGUCAAAUGGAAGUAUACAUAUAUACGUGUCAAUUGUAUUCACUUAACUGUUAUAGUACACAGAUUGUACAGACUGUUCCAGAUUCGCGAAAUAUCUUCACCGAUAAUACAUAAAUCUGCGGAGGAAAUUUCUUUUUACAAAAAGCUCCGGAUGCUGCUCGUGAAUGCGCGUGAUGUACAUACGUGUCACGAUCGGAAAGAAAAUCUCAUCGCAGUUAGAAGAGAUUCAUUUGCAGAUUCGUUUGGAAAACUUACCGAGAGCAAGUUCUUUUAAAGUUGUUAAAAUAUACACAUAUAAUAUAUAAAUGUCUUGUCACACGUGAGUCUGGGACGCUUUGUGUAUCUACUGACAUAUAUAUUUAUAUACGUAUAACGCGCGGAUUAAUACACGCGGGUCACAACGAUUUACGAUUUAUGACACGCGCAUGAAGAAUUAUAAUCCGUUAUACAAUACUUUUACGUUUGCGCGUUAUCAAACAUAAUCGGAUCAGCGUAACGAUACGCGAUUCGACGUACUCGCUUCAUCACUUAUAUUUGUACGUACUUUUACUUGAUUUUUACUUGCUGCGUGCGCACACAUCCACACACGUAUAUACGCAGGCACGUAUACGCGUGAGAGGUGCAAUCUUCUCUCGCAGAGAUCUUAUUUGUAUAAUUGUACGUAAUUAUUUUUAUAACUCCUUGGAGACAAAGAUGCCAAUAAAUCAUUUAUGUGUAA